CGAGCCGCUCGUACAGAAGCAAGAUGGCGGCGCGUGUUGUUUAGCGGCUGCGUUUAUUUUUACUGACAGCAACUGAGAGAAGAUUAUUGUACUAUUAUCUUUAUUUUAACUAAACUGUGUGGAGUUUUGUUUCAUGCACUAGCGACGCGAAGGAGAUCCUGAGGCGGAUUUGGAGAGUUUGUGCGUCUUUAAUUCAUCCUCAGCUCGGAGAUUUAACAGCAGGAGGAAGUCCGUUAGCUUCACACUCUGAGCAUGACGAAGGAGGAGGAUAAAGUGAUCCCUGUGCGAGUGGCUCUCCGCUGCCGCCCUCUAGUGGCCAAAGAGCUGAAUGAAGGAUGUCAGACCUGCCUGACCUUCAUACCUGGAGAACCACAGGUGGUGGUGGGAAACGAUAAAGCGUUCACAUACGACUAUGUGUUCGAUCCCAACACCGAGCAGGAGGAGGUGUUUAACGCGGCCGUGUCUCCGUUACUCUCAGGGCUCUUCAAAGGUUAUAACGCCACAGUGCUCGCGUACGGACAGACAGGUUCAGGAAAGACGUUUUCCAUGGGAGGCACUUACACGUCGGCGCAGGAGAACGAGCCCACCGUCGGCGUUAUUCCCAGAGUGGUCCGGAAAAUCUUUCAGGAAAAAGUCAAGAGCUCUGACCGCGAGUUCCUCCUCACUGUUUCCUAUCUCGAGAUUUACAAUGAAGAGAUUUUGGAUCUUCUUUGCACGUCAAAGGACAAACCGGUUAUCAGCAUCAGAGAAGAUCCGAAGGAAGGCAUCAAAAUUGUAGGUCUGACGGAGAGGGAGGUGUUUAACGCCCAGGAGAUGGUGGGCUGUUUGGAGAUGGGGAACUCGGCGCGUACCGUGGGCUCCACAGCCAUGAACGCGGCCUCGUCCCGCUCCCAUGCCAUCUUCACCAUCAGCCUGGAGCAGCGCCGCGGCGGCGACAAAAACGAUGCCAUGGUCUCCAAACUGCACUUGGUGGAUCUUGCUGGAUCCGAGAGGCAGAAGAAAACUAAAGCUGAAGGAGAUCGUCUCAAAGAGGGAAUCAGCAUUAACAGAGGCCUGCUGUCGCUGGGGAACGUCAUCAGUGCGCUCGGAGACGAGAGCAAAAAGGGCACGUUUGUACCUUACAGAGACUCCAAGCUGACUCGUUUGCUGCAGGACUCCUUGGGAGGGAACAGUCACACCUUAAUGAUCGCCUGCGUCAGUCCCGCCGACUCCAACAUCGAAGAGACCAUCAACACGCUGCGUUACGCAGACCGUGCACGUAAAAUCAAGAACAAGCCGGUUCUCAACGUGGAUCCUCGAGCCGCUGAAAUGAAAAGGCUUAAGCAGCAGGUGCAAGAGCUUCAGGUGAUGUUGCUGCACGCCCGAGGAGGCGUGGCUCCUGUCCUUUCAGGGUCAGAGGAAGCGGAGAACGUCUCAAAGAUCCUGGAGCGUAACCGCAGUCUACAAGAGGAGAACAACAAGCUGAGUCGAGAGCUGAGCGAGGCAGUAGGACAGACGGCCCUCAUGUGUGAGAGGAUCAUCGUGACGGAGCAAGUGAACGAGAAACUCCAGAGCAAGCUUGAGGAACUAAAAGAGCAUGCUGCGUGCAAAGUGGAUCUUCAGAAGAUGGUGGAGACCCUGGAGGAUCAGGAGCUAAAAGAGAACGUGGAGGUCAUCCGAAACCUUCAGCAUCUCAUUCUGGAGCUUCAAAAUGAGAGCGCAGGGAUCGCAGCCACCAUCGACGCCAUGACCUCGGGCAAUUCCACGUCCCUAGAGGUGGAGGCAGAGGGCAGCGCCGCAGACACGAGUCGCAGUCCUGCCACGGGAUCGCCUCUGGCCGGUAAUGCUGAACCUCAGGCUAAGGACUCUUCAGAGACCUUCACAACCCAGCAUGCUCUGAGACAAGCUCAGAUGUCCAAGGAGCUCAUUGAGCUCAAUAAGGUUCUUGCACUUAAAGAGGCGUACGUCAAGAAAAUGUGUCAGAAUGACAGUCACUUGGAGCCUAUACAAACACAAUAUCAGGAGAACAUCAAAAACCUCCAGGCUGAGGUUGGAGCUCUUCAGAAAGAGAAGGAAGAUCUGAUCCUCGCUCUGCACUCUGCCAAGAAAGACACCAAUCAAGCAAAGUUGAGUGAGCAGCGCAGGAAGAGGUUACAGGAGUUAGAGGGACAGAUGACCGACUUGAAGAAGAAACUCCAGGACCAGUCCAAGCUGCUGAAGCUUAAAGAGUCUUCGGUGCGCAGCGUCGCUAAGCUCAAUCAAGAGAUUCAGGCCAUGAAGGCCCAGAGAGUACAGCUGAUGAGGCAGAUGAAGGAGGACUCUGAGAAGUUCCGUGUCUGGAAGCAGAAGAAAGAUAAAGAAGUUUUGCAGCUGAAAGAAAAAGAUCGUAAGCGUCAGUACGAGAUGCUGAAGCUGGAGAGGGAUUUCCAGAAACAGGCGAACGUCCUGCGACGCAAAACCGAAGAGGCUGCUGCAGCCAACAAACGGCUGAAGGACGCUCUUCAGAAACGGAGCGAAGUGGCUGAGAAACGCAAAGACACGCAGAACCGCGGGAUGGAGGGCGUCGCCAGCCGAGUCAAGACCUGGCUGCUGAACGAGGUGGAGGUGCUGGUGAGCACGGAGGAGGCACGACGCCACCUAAAGGACCUACUUGAGGACAGAAAGAUGUUGGCGGAGGAAAUCUCGCAACUUCGGCAGCAGAUGGAAUCUGGAGAGAAACCUGUAGCUAAAGUCCGCCGCCGCACGCUGACCAUCUCCGAGCUGGAGGGUAAAGGAGAGCUGGAGGCUUCCAUCAGUAAACAAGUGGACAACCUGGAGACUGAGAUGGACCUCAGGAGCGCUCAGAUUGCCGACCUACAGCAGAAGGUUCUGGAUGCUGAUAACGAAGGCCGGAUGAAGCAGCGCUGGGACUCGAUCACCACCAUAGUGGAGGCCAAGAGCGCCUUAAAGAUUCUCAUGUCUGAGGUCGUGUCCUCAAAGACGUCAAACGCGAAGCUGGAGAGUGAGCUGAAGCAGGAGCGAGCGAACCACACGGACCUACAGAAGGUGCUGUGUGACGAGAGGAAGCUGAUGUCCACUAUGGACAUGGAGCACCAGAGCCGCCUCGUGGAGCUCGAGCAGAGACACCAGGAGAAGGUUCUUUACCUCCUCGGUCAGCUGCAGAACAAACCUGUGGAGGAGGAAGAGGAGGAGAAACAGGAGACAUCUAAGAGGGAGAGAGAGCUGCUACAGCGUAUAAAGUUUCAGGACGAGGAGCUUGGAAAGAUGCGAGAGCUCACUGAGCAAAACCAGAAACUCCUGGAAGAACUUGAACAAUACAAACAGAAAUUACUUCUGGCUCAGCUGACCAGCGCAAAGAAAGUGGCUGCGGCGGCGACAGUGAACGAGUCACCGGACACAUCGUUCGAGUACAUCCCUCCUAAGCCUAAACCCAAAUCGUUGACCGCACGAGUGCCGCUGCAGGAGCCCGUCAUCGACCUGGAUGAGCUGGUGUCUCCAUCGGAGUCUGAGAAGGAGGAGGACGAGUGGCGUCCGGAGAAGAAGGAGAGAAGCAGAAGAGGAUCUAAGAAGUCCAAGAUGACCGGGUGCGCAUGUAAGGGCCGGUGUGUAAAUAAACUGUGCCGCUGCCGUAAAGGACGGAUGACGUGUGGUGAGAACUGUCUCUGCGAUCACGAGAAGUGCCGUAACAUGGACAACCAGGCCAGCAUGGAAGUUGCUGAGAUAAACGACGCAUCCAGAGAGACCGUUCCUGAAGACCCCACGGCUGUAAGCCCGAGAGAUGCCACCUUCUUCAGACCUCCUUGUGUUCCACCAACUAAAAAAGAGAUGGGUGACAUGAGCAGCCUGGCGUCGGUGCUGAAGCUGGAGAAGAAGCCGCUUCCCGCCGAUGUGGAGAGCGACGGCGAGGAGUCUGAGGAGUCCAUCAUGCCCAGCUUCCUGCGCAAGAACAAGAGAGGACUGAGCAACUUCAAGAACAGCUUCUUCUCCGGCUGCACGCCUGUUCGAGAGGAAUCCUGAAGACUUUCUCCCCUCACUUCCCCUCACUCUUCUUCUCUUUUCUUACCUUCCGUCCGUUUUGUCUUUUACAUGUGCUGAUCUUUCUCCUCUUUAAUCCGCGUCUCAGAGCGUCUUCUGUCUUUUAACCCGAGUUCCGGAAGGAAACACUAUAGUUUUGGUCAUGUGACUCUUUUAAACGGAUCUUUACUGUAGUAAAAUAAUUUUAAAAUCAAUAAAUAAGAAAUGUACUGGAGCAGUCGUAGGAGUUCUUUAACACUUAGAUACGUUUAUUACUUGUAAAGAAUAAAGGUUUCAAUAAAAAGGUUGAAAUUUU